UCUUAUACAACCGAUAAUUGAUUCCCUGUGUGUGAAAUCGUGAGAGUCUUCAUGAACAAGCAAUCAAAAGACUAGCAGACGAUCCCUUACAGACAAGGUAACAGACUGGAAAACGCAAACCUGGCCAGCUAUUGCUGCUAAUUUUGAAGAUAAGAACUAACGUUAGAUUUUAUGAUAAGUAGGAAUUAGAACUACACUUUCGAGGCAUGACUCGAUUGGCAAACGUGGCUCAUUUCACGGCGUCGAAACAUUUAGGCUUGAUUUGUACCGCAAUUUUCCAAUCGAUCGAAAUGAAGUCCGAAGCUGGUAGAGUCCUGGUGAUCGAGCUUAAUUUCGACGCGAAAUUAUCACCAAGAAAGAUUUCAUUAUUGUUUAUUCGUUGUUGGCUUUUCAUUUUAUUUAGACAUGAACCAAUGUUAACACUGCAGGAAAAACAACGGACGAUUGACAAAUUUUGUCUGAUUCUCGGUGCGUGACCAUCACAUCAUUAUCAUAAGCUAUCUUUUAUUUAAAAACACAAGUGUGAUGGUUGCCAUGGCAAAAUUAAAAUCGAACUGGCAAUUUAGUCUAAAACAGAAACUAAAAAGGUUAACUAACAAAGAAUAAAAUUUUCAGUCUUUUUCAAACAUUUUUUUGUUUUCAAGAAUUGUUUAAACUUAACUUAGACUAGAAAUGCGCGUGUCGCAGAACCUCGCCGAGCUCGGGGGAGGCCCAUUGAGGGUGGGAGGUCAGGAGAGAAAUGGAGUAAAUUAUGUAACUGGGGAAGGCAAGUCUAAUAUUGAAAGGUGACAUGUACUUAAUCUCCUGUGGAUUAAAUUUGAACCCAUUGCUCUGGCUUUAAAAAUUAAAUGGGGUUGCUGUUGUUAGACUUGUUAAGGAAGCAGGUAGUGAAUGCUGCAUAGGUCCUUUCCCGUGUUCACCCCAUUUGACCCUCCUACAUGUGUAAUUAUGGUCAAAAGGAAAUGUGGGUGAUAGUGGAUAACUGCUGGCUAAUAUGCAGUUGCAUUUGCUUAAUAAAAGCUAACCCUUAAGUGUAAUAAUUAUUGGUGAAAUGUGUCAGUAGUAGUGAGUGGAUGGCAAUGGUAGGAGAUAAUGCUCCAGUGCAAACAACAACUAAAUGCUGGAAAUUAGCCUUAGAAAACUGCCGACAUUUGGCGAUGCUACCACUGGUUUCCCCAUCAAAUGACGUCGGAGAAACGAGCGCAGAAAUUCCAUACUGAUGACGCGGGAUGGUUGAAAUAAAUUUGCGAUGCGGCAAGACCAAUCAGAAGCACUACCCAGAUCUGGGUAGUGACGCAUCAUCAGUAUGGAAUUUCAGCGCUCGUUUCUCAGACGUCAUUUGGUGAGGAAACCAGUGGUAUCGUCGCCAAAUGUCGGCUGUUUUCUCAGGCUAACAUUGUUAUAAUUCUCAGAUGAAAAACCCCCUCAGCUCUUCAUGAAUAAAACAUGUCAGUGCUGUCUGCACUUGUCAUCGAUGGCAAUCGGUUGCCUGGAAACCCAUGAUGCACUUUGACGCCACUACUCUGGAUGUCGUCAAGGCGGACACCAACCAAACUCGAUAAGAGAAAAUCGCGCUGGCCUUGUGACGCUCGUGGGAAACACGCCCGCUUCUCGCGAGACGAGAUUAUAAACCUCGCGGCGAGGGGCUUCGCGGGGAAUUAUAGAGAACAAAAUACAACUAAAAGCAAAGUGAAGAAAUUUAAACGACAAUAAAUGUCUAUAUAGCCAAGCGUUAGCGAAAAACCCCAAUCCCUUUCAGGAGGAGGUGACAUUGCUACUCGCCAAUUCGUCAUUUGCAAAACUCCCAUAAUACACCUUGUUUGCUUCUAAACUUUGACGCAAGUAUUGUCUUCAAUUUCUCCUGGAACAACUCCAAUACCUACGAGAAAUUAAUAGCAAAGGUUAUGCAAAAUUUUGGGGGAUAAACAAGGUGUAUUAAUUAUGGGAGAUGUGCAAGUGGCGAAUAUUUAACAUUUUCUGUUGGAGGGAGUGUUGCUUUAGGCGAGCUUGUUUGCUGAGAUAUAAAUUGAUAAUUCGGUCCAUAUCGCAACAAAUAUCUGGUUCAAAACGGUACAAUGAUGAUUGCAAAGAACACCUUGAUGGAUUUAUUGAUAUUCCUUUGCUGUUUUAAAGGCUAACGAUUGAACUGAUGCAUGAUGAUGGCAGAAUCAGGAAUUGAACUGCGACUGACUGAAAUUGAAGGUAUGAGAGAGAGAGAGAAUGCACUACAAUUUGCAAUUACUGGAGAAAAAGAGAAAGAAAGAAAAAGCUUCAUCUUGAGGCAAUGUCACCUUCUGUUUUAUUCUUCAAAACUGACCCUUUUUCUCAAUGAAGUAAACGACUCAGGCUGAUCAAUUUUUACAAUUUGAUCUUUUUUUCAUGUAAAUCGAUUAAAUAUAUACCAGGUAUCACAGUGAUUAUUGAUUCUUAAUUUCGGCCGGAUAAUGCAUUUCUAGCUUUCUCAUUGGUUCCCUGAAUCCCAGUUACUAGCCGUUAUACCUACUUUUGACCUUAUAUGGAAAUUCAAUCAAAAUAAGUGCGCCGUCCUCCCGCACCAAGUGUCAACCCGAGUAUUCUAACAUGACUCCAAGGUCUUCUCGUCAUUUUUCUAUAUUUGAUUUGGUUUUCUUUGUGCUCAAGUCUCUUCUGGGAAUUUCAAGACAAUGGAAUCGUGAAAAAUUAUAUUGGCAAUUUUGUCCCUAAAGCCUCGGAGUCAUGUUAGAAUUAAAAUAUAUCGAACGUUGGCCGUUACAGAGGAUGUUUUGUAAAUUUAAAUGAAAUUGCCAGAAAGCGAAGGUUGAGAAUUACAUAAACCAAUUAUUCUAUAGAGCGCGCGAGUUUACAUGACGUGACGUGAUGAAAGGUCGGUCCUGGAUGUCCCAAACCAGGCGCCCGUUUCUCGAAAGACCCGAAAACUUUUCGGGCCGGAAGGCAAACAAGUUUUAAAAUGAAAACCAAGGCCGAUAAGCGCAAAUUCAGGAUUAAUAUUUUGUUCAGGUUUUGUAUUUUACCUUCCUAUGUAUUGCUCAGAGUAAUAUUUUGUGUUAUCAUUAGCGUAUCUGGGAGUGAAGGCUCAAUGGUAUUUUGCAAGAUCGAGAUGCAUGUUCUUAGACAAUAAAACCUUGCGUAAAAUUUGGCUUAAUCCUGGGUUAAACCUAACCAUCUUUGAAUAGUAGCACAGUCCCUAGCCCAAAAACCAGUCAAAUUUGCUUCCUUACCUGAUAGUUUCAUUGUAACAUUUUCAAAAUAAUUGAAACUUUGAUCCUGAAUGCAAACACAACAAAGACAAAACAGCUUUUCAGGCCGGCCGAAAAGUCAUCGGGACCUUCGAGAAACAGUUCCCACUCUUGUGAGAGUUAGACUAUUUUCUUGUGUAAACACUUUUUUCUUUUCCAAAGAAUUUGCAUAGAUGCUGGCCACUUGAGUGAAAACGCUCGAAGGAUAAGAGAUUGGUUGUAGCCAACUCGGCGCUUUACACCUUGUUGGUUAUUUGCUACCUCGUAUCCAACGCGGGCUUGUGGUAGGAACGUUAUUCGGUUGACAAUAUAUUAUAUUGAUCAUUGCCUUUUUACCCCAAUUUAACUCAGAUUUUGAGGAAUCUUUAAGAGAUGUAUUAAAACAAGAGGACUUUACAAAAAUCAACGAAAAGAUAAGAGCCAAAGCACUGACACAAUGUAAGAAGAACUGUUUGUUUAUGUCAAUGGAGGUGAGUUUAUCGAUAUAGAGUAUUUUCACAUGACGUAACGGCGGCCAUAUUGGUGUCCCAAGACAAUGAGACCCCUUUUAUGCUCUCUGGCCUCGGCCUCUCUGACUUGUGAAAAAGUCUAUCUUAGUAGUAACCUCUUCCUCAGGUUUUUGUUUUGUUGUUGUUGUUCUUGUUGUUUCUUUCGUCUCUCACCAAGAUAGAGAUAACACAAGACGCUCAGAGAUUAAAAACAAACUGAUUUAAAGCGCUGAAGUAACAUAUAAAACGUUUUCAGCAAAGAAAUCAUCACUUUAAGAAUUAUUUUUCAUCGCUAGACAAACCGUUCAAAAAAUAUUGAAUUUCGUGGAACAAACGUGUGCCAAAAUGGCGUACAAUUUCCAAACUACCUUCAAGGCAAAGGGAAUUAUUAGUAACGAGUCAUUAUUAACGAGUUUGAGAACGUUUAUGCAGUCGACCGCUUCAAUUUGAAUCAAAAUGAACCCUUGACGAAACACUGUAUGCACUCUACGUUAAAAGACCCGUAUGAUAGAACUGCGAGAAAGUAUACUUGCUUGUUUGUUUGCUUAGUUUGUUUGUUUACACCGCCUACCUGCUUUUUUUUCCAAGGUGAGCUAUGAACUUCGUCGUUUAGCAAGUAGAAAGCUACCAAAUGUAGAUGACGUAGCCAAUAUGGCGUCUUCAGUUGAAGAGUUCACCAACCGUCUGAUCGAUCCUCUGAAGUCUGAUAUCAACCUCGGGCUCCGUGCGCGUUUCGAAAGUUGUUUUGAUGAUGUGAUGGAGAAUGCUAUAGCAUUUGAGCAAAAAAAGGUGCGUACUGAAGCAAGGUUUUUUAAUAUAUAUUUCACUAAAUACCUCACCGCGAGGUGGUGUAGAAUUUGAUGAGUUACAAUCUUAAUGUAUAGCGAAUCUUUGGUUCUUGGAAGCCUGAUCAUCUCUUUCGAUCUGUUGUGCUAUCUAUUUACACGAAACUCCUCCAUUGUGAUUUAUCUUUGACCUUUUGAUUCCCGGCUCUUCGUUGGAGCGAAUCCAUCAUAAUCAGACAUGUAGGAGUAAUUUAAAGCAAAAAGUUGCGGGUUUUUGCUGUUAUAGUGGCUCUGACCAAGUGCUAGGGUGCGAAACACCAGCUUUUGAAUAUGAUUAUGGUAAAUUGGCAUCAACUCUGCUCAGAUUAAUCGUAAUUGGCUCUUCGCCUUUGGGGAACGUGAUGGUAAUGAUAAUGAUGAUUAGUAUUACUGCUCCCGCAGGGAUUUCGCCUAGAAGGCGAAUUCCCGAGGAGGCACUCUGACUAGUAGUUUGCGCGUAUAUUAACACGAGUUCACAAAUCUUUGAUUGGAAACGCGUGAACGUGAAUUGAUCAAACCUUUGAAUUUCUAAGGCUUACUUUCCGGCAAAUAAAAUGAACUGUAUGUAAAAAGUAAAAGAGAAAUAGCGAAAACUGGGGAUUCCAACUUCUAAUUAAAUCUUUUCUUAUGGCUUACAGUAAACUAUUCUCUUUGAUCAAAGCUGUGUAAAUUGAACUGAAUCAGUGCAUGGAACGUUUCCUGUUUUUCUCUCACCUAUUGUAUGGAAUAUGUGUGAAAAUCUUCAUUAUAAAUCGAUAUAUUUCAAAGAGCUACUGAACCACUAAGAAUACUAUUGACCGACAAUAUACAGCGCGGGGGCAGCUGUAGUGUCAAGUGCCGUGCAAGGACUAGACAUUAAAAGUUGUUUUUAACGACUUUUUGCAGUUUUUUAUCCAUCCAGUCAUUGAUAAUAUGAAAAACAACAGAUGGUAUGGUGAUAUUGGUAAGAUCUGGACUUAUUCUUAUUUCACUGUUGCCCGAUGGAUAUGGAUAUUUCUUGACGUCUGGUGCUUGUUUGACUUGGUGUUAUUUCCAGUUGUUUUCACUGUGCUAUUUAUUGUUCAUAUUGCAAGAGGAAGAAGCUCACAUCUCGCCGGUGAGUUUUCUUUUAAUUUUUCCCUGUUAGCGUUAAGGCUCUUCAUAGAUCACAUAAAAUAAUUAAAGCAUGAUUUUCUUGUCCUGCAAACUUGGUUACCGAGAAUUACAUGUAGCUGUGGGUUUUGCGGGUUCUUGAGGAUUUAUGGAGAUUAGUUGUUAUGUACUGGGGGUCUGAAUUUGCGAUCAGAACACAGCGCUAAGACGACAACAACAUCUGUAAAUUUAAUGAAACGAUCAAGAUGAAUCCACUCUUAAAUUCAACUUUUGCUAUGGCGUCAUCACUUCAACAAGGUCAUUCAAGGGGAACUAAGGGCUGGGUAACGAGUUCAAGUCUCAAUUGUUCAAAAGGUGAAUAAGCUAGAUGCGCUAUCCACCUCUACCCAGUGUAUAAUGCAACUGGUUUCCGGUUCCCUAAAACUUUAGUGACAGUUUAUCAGGCCCGUAGUUGUUCAAAAGCUGGAUAGUGCUAUCCAUCGGAUAAAUCACUACCAAGUGGAUAAAUAUUAGGGAAACCAAUUGCCCUAUCCAGUGGAUCGAGAUUUAUCGGGCCCCGGUCGUUCAAACGUUGGAUAGCGCUAUCCAUCGGAUAAAUCACUAUCCAGCGGACAAGUAUUAGGAAAACCGAUUGCACCAUCCACUGAAGAGAUAUUUAUCCACUGGGUAGCGCUAUCCAACGUUUGAACAACCGGGGCCUGGUGGAUAGCGCUAACCACCUUUUGAAAACUGGGACCUGGGCCCGGUUGUUGAAAAGAUGGACAACACUAUCCACUGGAUGAAUCACUAGCCAGUGGAUAAUUAGUAUUUGGAAAGCCAAUUGCCCUAUCCAGUGGAUAGUGAUUUAUCCUGUGGAUAGCGCUAUUUACCUUUUGAAAACUGGGACCUGGUGGAUAGUGGUAUCCAACGUUUGAACAACUGGAGUCAUAAGGAUACAUGUAUUAUGCGAAAAGGAGUCAAAAGGUCUUACCCUGUUUUUUGUUUGUUUGUUUUUGAUUUCCACUUUGAAUGUUUUAGAACCAAGGCAAAAGGAUUUGUAUGGUAAGUUGCAUUUCUCAAUAUAUGUAAGUUCCAGCCGACUAUAUAGUUUUGCCGAUUGUUUAGAUGUGACGGAGGGAAGAAAAUUAAAGCCCACUUGAGGUGUAAAUGAAGAGCCUUUCGCUUUUGAAUACAUUGGAACCUCUAUUCAGGAGACACCUUCGGGACCAAGGAAAGUAUCCCCUGAGUGGAGGUUGGGCUGGGAUUUGUUGAUAAUUAACCAACAAAGAAAAUAUUUUUAUUAGAGCGCAAAAGGGCGUCUGCUCCCGCAGGCCACGGAAUCUCCAGCAGUCGUUAUUUCACGCAGCUAGAUAAUGUAUAAAUUAUUGAAUUCCCACAACUGCAGUUCAUCGAUUUAAGUGAGUUAAUUUAUAUUUUGAAAGCUGUCGCCAUUGUGAAUAGUUAACACUUAAACUUAUCAAUGAUUUUGUGGUCAGUAACUUUUUGAUUGCUACGCGUCCCCUGAAUGCAGGUUAAACCGGAGUUUCGGGACCCAGAAAUAGUGUCCCUUUCAUUUGAAUAGACGGUGUCCCUUCAGUAGAGGUUACAAAUAUAAAGAUUAUGUACUGUGAACAUUAAUCCAGGACCAAAUUUUGUGUCCCCUGAACGAAGGUGUCCCUCUGAUAGCGGUCUCCCAAAGGAGAUUCGGUUCCACUGUAUGUAGUGCGAAAUGCCAGCAAUACUUUUGUAACACUGUUAUGAACUAAUUGGACAAAUUUGAGGUCAGUUUCUCCACAUUUACCUAAUAUUAAAUUUAACUGAAGAAACAAGAAAUUAAUAAAUUACAGAGAGACACCUUAAUAUUAAUAUUUGCUUUUUUUCAGAGAAUUAUCGUGAUUACUUUACAACACCUUACUUCAUCUUCAUCCGGGACACUUUGAGCUAUCUGGCGUUACUAGGGCUCCAUUUCGCGGUCUGUCUGAGACCAAGCAGUAUCGAGAUGACUGGCCUAGAGUGGGCCAUCAUGGUCUUUUUUAUGGGUCGAACCUUACUGGAGAUUCAACAGUUACGUGCCAUAUACAUAGACAUGAAACGGUACAAACAACGCGAGUUGAAGAUGGAACAGAGACUAAAAGAAAGUUUUAAGGUUUACACCAGGUAAGAAAUUUUAAACGGCACUUGAAUAAUUUUGAAAUACUGUUUUAAUCUGUGCAGUUUUGUUGUAUGGUUGACAGUUAUCUUCAAGUUCCCGCUAGCAGAGUUUUCAGUCUGCCAGUCUGAAUCACAUGUUGUUUGAUCUAAACAUUUGCCGUUCACGAUAUCAGACGAAACAAAUCAGUCUCUUCGUUCUACUACCUAUGAGGGCACAACCGAAAAAAACAAAUCGAUCGCACCAGAAGCAAAUCACACACAACAAGUAAAGCUACGAAAAAAUGGGCAACGAAAGCAUGCAACCUGUUUUGUAACAUUGCUUCAGAACGUGUUGAAAAGCGACGUUGCGCGUUUUACCACCCACGUUCAAAUCUGUUUUGCGACAAAUUAAGGUUGCUGCAAGUUGCAUGAAUACUAACUUCUGAUUGGAUAAAAUAAAGCCGGAGUCAUGCCAUACACGGGAUUUAUGUCACUUGCUGCAAAACAAGUUAGCCUUGGGCUGGUAAAAUGUUUUGCAAGACAGGUUUAAACGUUGGUGGUAAAACGCACAACGUCUCUCCUCAACGACACUUUCACUCGUUAAAAAAGGAAUAUCGUUUCUCCUUGUUGCUCAAGAUAUAUUUUCUUUGUCGCUUGUUAAAAACGUAAGCCCACCUAUGAAAUCACACUUUUCAAACGCAAACUACUCACAUUAAAACUAAUUCCUAACAGCAAAAACAAAUUACUUACAUAAAAAAAAUAACUCUCGGUUAAAAAACCAUGAAAAGUAAAUCACUCAGAACAAAUUGAAACCGAUCACCGUGGGCAAAACCAAAUCUAUCAUAGCAAAUUAAAUUGAUUCACCACACCGUUCAUAUCCUCACUUUGUAUCGAUGGACGCUCAAGUUAAAACCAGGGUUGAACUGCAUACAUGGAUAGCUUUUCACCAAUGCAAUAUUUUUUACCAGUUUUUUUAACAGAUCAAACCAAGUUUAUACUGAUAGACCACGAAGCAAACCAGUUUUCCUUUACCUGUGUGACGCGCCAGGGAGGUUGAAAAUCUAGAAGUUUAAAUAGUAAUGAUUAGAACUCUUUUCCUUCAUAUGCAACUCCAACCUCAAAGCUCUGGGUGACCACAGUAAGCGAGAAAGUUAUGCGAAAAGGUCAGUUGGGUUGGCGGGGACUUCGUGUUGCUAGUCCACACUCUGUAAAUCUAAUUUUUUUACGGUCGGCUGGUCCUGGUUUUUGAAAUACAGUCCGUAGUCCCCACAUCCAAAAGCAGGGAUUCCUUUGUCAAGGGAAGAAGAUGCAAAAAUUUUUAUCGGAAAAACUAAGGUCGAGAAGGAAAUAGAUCUUGAGAAAUAAAACGAUAUUUCCUUUUUAAAGAGUCAUGUUAUGUUCUGGGAGACCUAUCUUGUGUUAUCUUGUGAUGUUUCUUCAGAGAUAAUUAUGUUGCAUGAUUUUAAGACAAGUUGGGACUUGAAGUAAAAUCAAAACGAGCAGAUUCAGUCUAUUGACGAAUGGCAAGUAACCAGCAACCCAACCUCGUUCCCAGGCUUCCCUCAUACUCGGCCCCGGAAAUAGCAAGCAACACUAUCUUUUCCGUUGAUGCACUAUAACCUCAGAGGAACUCAUUAAUUUACUUUUCUUUCAAUCCUCACAACAGGAGUAGCUGGAACUGUUUGGACCUCGUCGCUCUUAUCGUGUACAGCUGCGCAUUUUUCCUUAAGAUUGCCGUGUGGUCGUCAUCUACUACGACAGGGGUGAACAAUCGACCUCUCAUCGUUAGUGGUUACCUUUACGGCCUCAAUACAAUGAUUCUUACCUUCAGAGUAUUUGGACAGGUGAUGGAGACAGUCAAAGGACUUGGAACUAUUCAAAUAGCUUUGUUCAGCAUCAUCAGUGACGUUGCCACAAUAUUUUGGCAGUUUGCAGCAGCAAUAUUGGCAUUUUCAUUCGCCAUAACUAAAGUUUACAUGACGGAAAUUUCUUUUAUUCCGACGAGAUUUAAUGGCACAGACCCGUGAGUAUGUUUUAAUAUGAAACCUUAAACAUUAAUCUUCAUUGUCUGACAGUAAAGAAAUUAUAUUGAUCAUUAAAAAUCCUCUUAUCCAAUCGUUAUAUUCUCAGGGUCUGGAAAACGUCUGGACAAUCUUGGUAAGUUGUUUUCCUUUCCUAUCAAAUAAAUUGUGUAUUCUAAAGUAGUCAUUUCGUUCGCUUUUUGUGAGAUAAAUCUUCGGACAAAACAGUCAUCGGCUGCGAAGAGUGAAGAGGAAAUUUUAAAUUUAAGAAUGUGACAAAGUAACGAAUUAUUUGAAAAAUGUUUAUAUAACGUUUUGGGGCGAAAACUAUGCAAAGAUGCGAAGUUAAUAUAAUUAAACGAGAGAGAAUGAGCAAACUAACCGCUUUGGACAGGGAAGUUAGAAAAUCUGUUCAUACUGAUCGACUUUCAAGCCAAAAUAAGAUUUCUUUAAAAAGUAUGUCUGGCGAAAAUUCAAAUCUUUUUUGUUCCUUACACGUUUCAGUUGGUGGUUGACUGCAAAACACCUUUUUUGGUCCUUACUUGGAAUGGCGGAAGUAGAUUCAUUGAACUCAGUUGACGAGGCAACCGUAACACUAUACAAAGUCUUAUAUGCGAUAUAUCUGGUCGUGGCUGGUGUUCUACUUAUGAACAUGAUGAUUGCCCUGUUAUCAAACACUUACCAAAGAGUGGAGGUAAGGUAUAAACCAUUAUUAACGUUAACUGUCAGUAGAUCCAAUCAAAAUUCACGGACAAAUCCAAAUGUCGUUUUGGAAAAUGCUGAAAAACAUACAGGACCAGGUAACAGUGUAACAGCACUGCUGUAGAGGUUUUAUUUCAAUGGCAACAUCAUAGGAUCUCAUCAACACACUCAGAAGUUAGAGCUACAAACUAAUUAAAUAGUUCUAUGUGAAAAUAUACUGCUGAAUGGUCACACCAUAGGAAUUGGUCACAGGGUUGAAAGUUAAAACCACAUUUUUCUAUUUGAAUGGUUACCUCGAAGGGCUUUGGCCAGAGACGUAGAAGUUAGAAAUAUUUUCCGUGUCUCCAUUAUUUAACCCUUCAAGUCCCAAGAGGGACAAACAACAAUUUUCAGAUAAAUUUAGGUUUCUGAGAAACUGCACACCUACCCCUCCCCUAACCCAUCAUUUUGCCCAGAGUGAGAAUUAAUUGUUGGGCAGUUUCCCCGAAACCUAAAUUGAUCCCAGUUUUCUCCUUACAAUAAUUAAUACAUUAAUCUUAAUUAAUCUUCCAUUAAUAAGAGAAAAGGUUGUGAGGAUGAAUGAAAUGAUCACCAAAGGGAAAACGCUUUGAUCAUGUUUUGAAUUCUUUCAACCAGUUCUUUAAGGAAAUGCAUGGAGAUCAGUCUGGAGAAUUUGCAUGCUGAUAUUGGGGCGUUAAGGGUUAAUACUAUAAGGAGGUGAAGUUUUAAGGAAACUGAGGUGUUGCCUCGGUGAGGUAGUAAAACAUCAAACGAGUUAUCAAAGCGUUUAUGAAACGGCGUUUUUCAGUUCUCACAAUUGCGUGACUGAGCUCUUGUGACAAUUCUAAGUCUGCCUAUUAAAUAUAAAACUGUUUUUAUUAUUUUGCAGGAAAACUCUCUAAAAGAGUGGUCUUUCAAGAAAGCCAUCACAGUUCAAAUAUACACUUACUUGCAUCCAGUUCCUGUACCGCUCAACAUUAUAAGCUGUAUUGUUAUGGGCGUGGUCUGCCUGUGCAAAAAACGUAUUGGAAGGUGCCCGUGUGCGCCCGAAUGCCGUGGUUUCUUAACUCCUGCAGUCGAUCAGCCAAGAGUAAGUGUAAUUUCAAACCCGUUUCGAACCCUUUGCGUUUUCCUUUUCUCUUUAUUUUCAAUCUCUGAAGUCGUUUAAACUGAAAGAAUUACAACUAAGAAUUUUCACGUUUGAUGUUUCAAAUCUCUGAAUAUUUUCAAUCAUACUGUAUAUCAUCGUCUACAGUCCAUUAGGUGUGGUAGAUUAUUGGUGAUACAAGCAGUAUAUGUGCAGGGCUCUUGAAACACCAUGACUACCAUAGUUCAGUGGCUACAGCGCGGAGAUCAUUUGUUCGAUAAGGAAUCCGAUUUUUACUAUUCUCGCACGGCGUUGCAGCAUUUUCAUUGUCCUGUUAAGAAGUAACUUGAGGGUCAGGCCUUCCUAAGAGGCUGAGGGAGAGGAGAUUUUAGAUCAAGCCUUGCUAAGGGGCUAAGGGAGAGGAGAUUUUUCGCUUCUCUCUUCCCCCUUUCCCCCAGAAACGACUAAUACUCAGGCUAGUUAGGACGUUGUUAAGAUCGUCGGUCUCCAAAGUCUUCAACGCAGCUGUUGUUUUCUCGUGACCCAACGCAUCACCUCAAAAGAGAAAGCAUUAAGGUAAAAGUCCUCCUUUGAGGAGGGAUGUUGGGUGACGAAAAUCACCCAAAAGCCUGCAUGGGAGGCAAGCGUCCCCAGUCUACUAGUGCCGGGGGUUUGCUGUAAUCUGAGAACCCAGCCGACAUUUCGCAACGCCACCACUAGUUUCCUUUCGAAGUGACGUCUGAGGACGAGCACAGAAAUUCCAUAUUUAUGACGUGUCACAGGCCCAGAACUGGGUACUGCUUCUUAUUGGUACUGCCGCGAGGGAAUUUACUUCAAUCAAUCAGAAGCACUACAUAGAUCAGGGUAAUGGCCCCUCAUCGGUAUGAAAGUUCUGCAGCCGUUCCUCAGUCGUCAUUUCGUAGAGUAACCUGGAUAGUUGCGUCGCGAAAUGUCGGACUAGGUUUGCUGCAGCUAUUCGGCUCAGUUUGAUGUUAUAUUAUGUUUGUUUUAGGAUAGACUUGAUGUCAUCGUUGAAGAUCUCCAAAACACUUACUUCACAACUUAUGGAGACGCAUUCCCUGGAACAGGUUUGUGUUAAUAUCCGUAUGCCAUAUCUAUGUUCUAAAUUUAGUCACUUUUAGAGUCAACAACAAUAUUAAUAAAAUCUCCUGCGUUGUAAUUGUGCUGAGAACCCUUUAAUAACCACAGAACAAUUCUGGUAUGCUCCCUGGAAAGAGAACAUUAACAAAUUAAGAAGGUUUGUUGGCUUUAAAGUAGUUGACGUUGUGAAAUAUUUUAGUGAAAAGUGUAUCGAGAGAGAUGUUUACCCAGCAUGAUGACAGUCAAAAGAUGUUGAAUCUGGCCUGACCUGCUUUCAUUGUGCUUUGAACCGAUUAUUUCAUUCCCUGGAAUAUUUUUUAAAGGUACCGUAUGCUAUGAAAAAUACAUUAUUUUGGAACGCAAAGGUGAUAGCGAGAAAUUUUAUGCCCUUUAAUUAUAAAGAAAAAUUGCCAUCAGAGAGCCAGGGGUAGCUAAUUGAGAAGAGAAGCGGGGUUGAAAUCAUUGCUAGCAAAAUUCACGAGAUGACUAGAGAGAGCCCCUACAACUUUCUCUUACCGAACUGGCUGGUGUGGAAAUAAAAUUUACGCUUAGGGUUUUCCGGUUCUUCGUGUAAACGUUUCCUGCGAAGAUUUCGCUCGUGAGUGUUUCAUCCCAGUUAGCUGUCCCUGGUUCAACGAAGAUGCGCCUAGCGCAUGUUCAGAACGGUUGUAAAAUAUAACUAGAAUACGCAGUUUCCGCUAAAGUGCAUGAUUAAAGGUACAAAAUCUAGCCUUUUAUGAAAUUGCCUAUGCAAGCCUCGACCUUAAUUGAUUUUGUUUCUGAAUGUGGGAAAACUUGCCCAAUUUUGGUAAACUCGAGAAAGACAUGCAUGAAUCGAGUAAGAUCUUUGUUGAGCUUGUGUUGCUUGUUGCUAGCAUACAAUUUCCAACCCAGGCUUAAUAGCUAGUGCGCAUGACACAGCGGACUUAAGUUAGCCAUGACCAUCGUCUAAUCAACAAACGGAUGCUCGGACUCGGAAAACCAAGUUUUUCUCCACUGAAGAAGACGAAAGGAGGCUCUGCAAGCAGGGUAGAAAACUAUCAACAAUCGUGGUUUAUAUAAAGAGUGCAUAAAAAUGACGGCUCCUCUGUUAAUAGCACGCGCCACAGACGACAUUAAACUCUGUUAAAGUCUGUCAGCGAAACAGCGCCGAAAUUCUUGUUCUAUUACGCGCCAUGAUUGGUCUGUUAAAAAAGCCACUGUCAGUUUGCCAAUCAGAUUAAAAGAAUACUGGAAACGCACUUCCGGUAAUUCGUUGAGUCAGUUGGGGGCACAAAACAAGAAUCUCCACGGCGCUUCUUCGCAGACGUUACUUCCCUGGGUUAAAUUACGUCUGCGACGCAGGCUGGUCUGUUAACAACUCCGCUAAUAUUUGUUGAAUGUAGAAGAAAGGAAGUUGGAAAAACCGCUGGAUGAAGCAGAGGGAAAUGGAGAAAUUACCGAUCAAAUUGCAAAUCAAGCGUUGGCGAGUAAGGUAAUUGUAGGUUUUAUUGUAGUAUGGACGCAUGACGAACGCAGUCUCACUGAUUACUCUGUUUAGUUAAGGGUUGGGAACAGCUAUAGAAUUAGUAGCCACAACGUGCUGCGUCAUUACGGCGUAUUCAAUAGUAACGAGUUUUCACAGAGGCCUUUUUCGUCGAGUGCGUCUGAUUCCCCUUGAAGGUUUGGCAGAUCAACUGAUCAAGGAAAUUCAACUUUGCAAGACACCAACAUGGCACCCAAAAAAGUAGGAGUAUAGCGGUGGGCUGCUGUUUCCAUUAACUGGAGCUCGCGGCGUCGUAUACAGCUAUUCCGAGAAAGGUUGUCGGAAAAAAUGUGCGCGCGACAAUCCCGAAGGGAAUAUGGAAUGUGAUCAAUACACCGUUCCUGACGCUGUAGCUGUCGAACCUACUUUUGUUGCUUUCCUUUAGCACUGGCAAACAUUCGUCCAUGGCCUUUAGUGAUUUCUUUCAAACUUCUUUGAAGAACAGUAAACUCAAAACCACCCACAAUACCUUUCAGGAUUGUCGCGUGCACUUUUUCCGACAACCUUUCUGAAAUAGCUGUUAAUUUGUAAAAUAAUUUAAUAGUACUCGCACGAAUCUCUCGGAUGUUCACCAAGUUAAGUGCCAUCUUUGUACCGAGGACGUACAGAAACAAACCUUGGACAGUAACUUGCCCCCAAAAAAAGAAACUUAAAACCAUACACAGCAUAUCGAGCAUCACAUACAUCAGACCUACGGUCUCAAAAAAUUGCGUUAGGUAAUUGCACUCACUAUUGGGAAGGGGUGGGCUGCCCGGCGGGCUGUAAAACCAUAACCCAGCUCAUACUACACUGGUUGAUCUAUCUCGCUGUAUUUGGACUUUUUUUUACAGCCAUACAUGUAUCUGUCCUUUUUUCCGCAGACAAGUCGGGCUGGCAAUGGGGACGUACCUGUACAGCAAGAUCUGGACAGUGGAGACGUUGUACUGAGUGAAACAAUAAGCAAAACAACAUCAGCAGCUGACGCAAGUGGUAGCGAUAAAGAAGCGAUUCAUAGUGAACUAGACGAUGCUUUGGCAUCUUUUCGACGACUGAGGAAUAAUUUCUUAGUAAACUUUAGAAACUUUGAAGAUUUGUUUCAUGACAGACAGAGAGAAUUAGCAAAGCUAGCCAGUAAAAGUAGUAAACACGAGAGCGAAGUCAUCCUUCGUAACCUAGACAAACAAGAACUUGCUUGCUCUAACAUCGUGAAAAAAAUGAAGCAAGAUUUAGACAAACUUGGCGAAAUUUCGAAUGAGAAAUCCAACGUUCAUGGUCUUCUUGAAAAGCAAGUCAAAGGAGAAGAGAUAUUUAAAAGCUGA